UUUAGGACACGGAAGCUUUAUAAAGACAGCAGGCAGACAUCAGAGUUUCUGUUAUUAUACAACAAAAACACGCAGGAAUGGUGAACUCUUGCUGUGUUAUCAACUGCAACAACCGUUCUCAGGACCGGUAUGGAAAACGCAUCUUAAAUGGAGUGCGAUUCUUUAGCUUUCCAGCUUGGAAACAACAUCUUGGAACUCAGAUAUCUGAGUUAACAAAGAGGCGUCGCAUGGCAUGGGUAUCAGCCGUGAGACGCAAAGACAUCACCUUCGACAACAUUUCCCGACACAUGUUUGUGUGUUCACGGCAUUUUCUCUCAGGCAAACCAGCCUAUGAAAUGCUCGAGUGUCAUCCUGACUGGGUACCAUCAUUACAUCUCGGUCACACAGAAGUCAAGCCGGCGCAUCCUGAGCGGUUCAGCCGUAGGAUAAAGAAACAAAAGCGUCUCGCACAGAACAGUGCUGCAACUGCAACAUCACCAGCUCUAGAUGACCUGAAAUUGGAGAUAGAGGAAGAUGUAUCACUGGAAGAAGAUGUACCACCAGAUGAAGAUGUACCACCAGAUGAAGAUGUACCACCAGAUGAAGAUGCACCACCAGAAGAAGAUGCGCCACCGGAUGAAGAUGCACCAUCGGAUGAGGAUGCACCAUCGGACGAAGUUGCACCAUCAGAUGAAGAUGCACCAUCAGAUGACGUUUCACAGAGAUUACAGAUGGAUGAAGCUGCACGAAGGGACUAUCUUAAAGAAGAGCAGGAAUGUAGUUUUUGUAGUUGCAGACGUGAAGAAAUUAACCGCUUAUUAGAGGAGAACAGAUUACUAAAGGAAGAGCUCUCCCAAAAGACAAUGUCAGAGGAUUUUUUGAGAGAUGACGACGAGAAGGUCAAGUACUACACUGGGCUCCCAUGUUUUCCUGUUCUGAUGGGUGUGCUGACGCAGCUUGUUCCCUGCCUACCACAGACAGGUCGCAAACUUUCCCCUUUCAAUAUGCUCUUCUUAACUCUGAUGCGCCUGAGGCUGAAUCUGCCAAUCCAGCACAUUGCACACCUCUUCUGCAUAGAUCAAAAGACUGUGGCCAACACAUUCAGAGACACCAUACGUGCAAUGUUUACACACCUCAGCCCUUUGGUGCACUGGCCAGAGAGACAUUGCUUAAAGGGUAGCAUGUUACAACCGUUUGUAGAAGCUUUCGGCAAUCAUGUUGCGGUAAUUGUUGACUGCUUUGAAAUUAACGCUGAGAGAGCAUCAACCCAGAGAGCUAUUGCACAGACAUCUUCACAAAAACACACACUAAAGUAUCUCAUCGGCAUUACACCACGUGGAGCUAUUGCUUUCGUUUCGAAAGGGUGGGGAGAUGGUGUCAGUGACAAGGAAGUGAUUGAGAGCAGUGGGCUUGUUGAUAAUCUGUUACCUGGAGACUUGAUUUUGGCAAAUCGAGGAUUUGGCAUCAGGGAGAAUGUCGGAAUAAUGUGCGCAGAAGUGAAAAGGCAAAAGCUGGUUCCAAGGGAUGAAGAGGAGACUCGUGAAAUCGCUCACCUCAAGGUCCACUUGAACAGGGUGAUUGGAUGUGUGCGCGCAAAGUACACAAUGCUAAAUGAGGCCGUACCGGUGAGCAUGAUAUCCCCAUGUGAAGACGACGACGACGACAACAUGAUGUUCCUUGACAAGGUUGUGACUGUGUGCUGUGCCCUGACUAACAUGUGCCCCAGUGUUAUGAAACUGUAAACCGUGACAUAAACUAUACAGAUGACAUACAACAAACUAAAUGUGAACUGCAUAUCUUUUAUUGUCUCAUACCACGUUGCAAUAAUAAAUGAUGAA